ACAAUUCCCCCUCACCACAACCAGUGGAGAAUUAUCGCGGUUGAUGCACAGAUCAGCAAAAGUCACAUUCACACCAAUUUCUGUGCAUUUAAAUACCCCACACACAUAUUAAUCUCUCUUUCUAAAUCCUUAAAUUAGUUUCGUAUUUCUCCCUCUCAACGAAAAACCCUAAAUUACCGAAUUGAGUUGCAUGAAACACUCGUUCUCAUAGCACUUGGUUUCGAUCAAUGGGUGUCACCACUAGUAAUCGUAAACGCUCAGAAGAAUGCAUGUCCGUCAAUCACCAAUUCUCUUCAUCUUCAGAUUACCACAGAAAAAAACCCAAAUUCUCAUCCGAAUCGACCCGACCCGUUAAACCUACAUACGACGUCGUUUCCAGGAUUUCUCGUUACCCCGACACCAAACCACCGUUUGUUCGUGAAGUUCACGCGCCGUGCAGGCCGAAAAAAUUCAACUUUGCCAGAACCAUAUCGAGGUUAUUUCCCGGUGGCGACAACAAAAACAACGACGGCGGUGAUAUUAUGGGGAAUUUUCUGACGAGUAAUUACGAAAAGGCGAAGCAUUCUGCAUUGGAGAAAUGCAGAGUUGCGACUAAGAAGGAGAAGGUUGUGAUCGAUUUGGACGCAGAGAGUAGCGGCCGCGAGGUUUCGGAGGAUUCCGGCGUGGUGGAGGUGGUUGAGAUUCGUGAUACGGAGGCUGAGGUUGUUGAAAUUGGCGUUAAACGGCGGUUGAGGUCUUCGCCGGAUUCAGCGUUGACGAAUACUAUUGUGAACUUGGAGGAGUAUGAUCUUUCGAGCGUUCAUGUGUAUAAAAAGUUGCUUGAAGGUGUUCAACGACGAACGGACACGAUUCGGAAUCUGAAUUUUCAAAUUGAGCUGAAUGAGAAGCGUAGGGAUACGUUUCAAUUGCUGCGUCCUAAGAAGGAACUUGUUGAGGAAGUGCUCAUUGAGCCUUUUGUCCCUCUAACGGAUGAAGAAGAAAAUGAGGUUUCUCGUGCAUUAUCUGCCAACCGGAGGAAGAUCUUGGUUACCCAUGAGAGUUCUAAUAUUGAGAUAUCUGGAGAAAAGAUUCAGUGCCUUAUCCCGAGUGCAUGGUUAAAUGAUGAGGUUAUAAAUUUGUAUUUUGAGUUGCUGAAAGAGAGGGAACGAAGAGAACCACAAAAGUUUUUGAAAUGUCAUUUUUUCAACACCUUUUUCUACAAAAAGUUAAUAAGUGGCAGGGAUGGAUAUGAUUUCAAAUCUGUUCGAAGAUGGACAACUCAAAGGAAAUUGGGAUACAAUCUAUUUGAUUGUGAUAAAAUAUUUAUACCAAUCCAUCGAGAAAUUCACUGGUGCCUGGCGGUUAUCAAUAAAAAAGAUGCAAAAUUCCAGUAUCUUGACUCAUUGAAAGGAAAGGAUAGGCGUGUGCUAAAAUUGCUGGCUAGAUACUUCGAAGACGAAGUAAAGGACAAAACUGGAAAAGAUAUUGAUGUAAGCACAUGGGAGAAAGAACUUGUGGAAGACCUUCCUGAGCAGGAAAAUGGGUUCGAUUGUGGUGUGUUUAUGAUCAAAUAUGCCGACUUUUAUAGCCGAGGCCUGGGGCUGUGUUUUAACCAGGAACACAUGCCUUACUUCCGGCGCAGGACAGCUAAGGAGAUAUUGAGAUUGAGAGCUGAAUAAGCAAAGAAGUGACCAUUCAUCAGUAUUCUAAUCCAAUACUCCGGCGUCGUUAUAGGAAUUUUGGCAGUACUAAUUGAUGGAGGAUCCUUCACUUCUGGAAAUGUCUUGAUAAUAAUCAUUCUGGAAUUGGAGCAUUUGCUUGCUUGGAAGCUGAACUGACCACACAUACGGUCCCAGUGCCUAGGUCCAGCAAGUCCGUAGUGUAGAACGCAGUAGGUUGUAUAUACAGUAUACAAGAGUGAUUUAUUAGAUGAGAUUGAGGUGUUAACUAUGUAAUGGCAAUAUUGCUUCUUCACCAUUCUCUUUAUAUUCAUUUUUGCUUUGUCCGUAGUCUAGAAUGCAGUAUUUUUGCUCAUAGUGUUUGAUCUUUUCCUCUAGGAAAUUGAAUGGAAAGAAAAGGAUGAUGAUUUCAUAGGUAGUAUAGAUUGCGGCAGGCUCUACAUUUGAGCAUUCGUCAAACCUAAUUUUGGAUAAAUUUGAUUUAUGUUUGAAUUUCUUUA